CAAAGCACAAACACCAACAACAUCCCCCAUCCCCCCCCUUCACAAUGGCUACUUACUUUCACAUUCUCUGCACUCUCUCUCUCACUCUCCUUUCUCUGACCCCAUUAUCCUCUUCAUCCAACACCAUUAAACUCUCUCUUUCUCCAUUCUUCACAAACCAACCCUCCUCUUCAUCUUCCGCUUCUCAACCUUUAUUACAAGCCCUUAAAUUUGCGGCCUCUGCUUCUCUCUCCAGGGCUCACCACCUCAAGAACCGCAAAAGUAGCGAAUAUGUCACCACCCCAGUAUUCGCAAAGAGCUACGGCGGCUACUCCGUAGACCUCAGUUUCGGAACACCACCGCAGACAUUCCCCUUCGUUCUCGACACUGGAAGCAGCCUCGUCUGGUUCCCCUGUUCCUCACGCUACCUCUGCUCCAAUUGCAACUUCCCCAACAUCGACCCUUCCAACAUCCACACCUUCAUUCCCAAGAACUCUUCAACUGCCAGAUUCGUCGGCUGCACCAAUCCCAAAUGUGACUGGAUUUUCGGUUCCGAUCCUCAAUCCCGCUGCCCCGGCUGCCAACCUGGAUCCCCCAACUGCGCGCUCAACUGCCCUGCUUACAUGAUACAAUACGGAUUGGGCUCAACCGCCGGUCUCCUGCUACUGGACAAUCUCGAUUUUCCCGGAAAAAUUGUCACCGAUUUUCUCGUUGGCUGCUCAAUCCUCUCGGUCCGGCAACCCUCCGGGAUUGCCGGAUUUGGACGCGGGAAGGAGUCAUUGCCGUCGCAGAUGAACCUCAAGAGAUUCUCUUACUGUCUGGUCUCUCACCGCUUCGACGACGCGCCGGUGAAAAGCGACCUCAUCUUGCACAUUGGUUCCUCCGGCGGCUCCAAGACCGCCGGCGUCAGCUACACGCCGUUCCGUGCGAACCCCGCCGCGGCGAACAAUUCGGCAUUCGGGGAAUACUACUACGUUACUCUCCGGAAGAUCCUCGUCGGCGGGAAGAGGGUGAAGGCUCCUUAUGCAUUAUUGGAGCCCGGUUUGGACGGGAACGGCGGCACCAUCGUUGACUCAGGGUCAACGUUCACGUUCAUGGAGAAGCCGGUGUUCGAGGUCGUAGCAAAGGAAUUCGAGAAGCAGAUGAAGAAUUUCACGAGGGCGAAGGACGUGGAGGACCAAUCAGGCUUAAGUCCUUGCUUCGAUUUCAAGGGAUCGAAGACAGUGCCGUUGCCGGAGCUCACCUUUCAGUUCAAGGGCGGCGCCAAAAUGACGCUUCCCGUGGCCGAUUAUUUCUCCUUGGUUGGUCGUGCUGACGUGGCAUGUCUUACAAUUGUCACGGAUGGCGGUUCGGCCGGCCCUGCCAGGGCCGGGGGACCGUCGAUCAUAUUGGGGAACUACCAGCAGCAGAAUUACUACGUUGAGUAUGAUUUGGAGAAUCAGAGGUUUGGGUUUAGGCCUCAGAAUUGCCAAAAGAGUGUUUAGUUUAAUUUAUGUAGAGGUUUCAAAACUUGUGAUUGUAAAAUGUGACUAAUACUGCUCGCUGUUAGUUACAUUGCCACCGAUUCUGCGUCCGAGAUACUGGCGGCGGGAACAGCGGCACUGACACCACAGUGCUUAUUGGAAUGUGCAUGUGGUUGUAGCUGCCGGUGACGUCUUUUAAUUUAUUCUUGUAUGCCAUUUUUUUAUACUCAACCUAAAUUCAUUACUUGGAUACGAUAAAAUAUAGGUGUAGUCAUUUAAUAUUUAUCCAGUGAUACGGAGGUGAUGGGUUUAGAAAUGGGCACUACAGGAUCGUGUUUCUCUUUUGCUUUUUAUUUAUUGAGCAGAUCAGACAGAACUCAUUGAAUUUUAUUUUA